CAGUAUGCUAUCAGUAGAACGGCCGGACAGUGGAACAAAAGUGACGUCAGGUCGGGAGUCCACGCGAGUCGAAGUUCCCUUCCAAAGAGGGGGUGAGCGGACCGGAGGGGAAGGGAGAUAGACGAGGAGAUUGGCACGUAUUCAUUCAGGGGGGGCAACCAUCCGGAGAAAAACAGCAACUACGCUGUACAGCAAAGUACAGCACAUGGAUCCACAUUUCUAAGACUUUGUUUAAUCCCUUCAGAAUUACGUGAUCGCCAGGCGUAGGCAUUAAGUGAGCUGUCCGGGUGGGUUCUUUUUGCGUGACGGGUGGCAGGCUGCGGCAUAUGCUCCGCAGGCAGGCCGCUGUGACAGAGGGUCCGCACCACGCUCCUCUCAGUGUCCCUCCACAGUGACCCGCCAGGCUGAGGCCGGAAUACCCCAGGUUGGCGAGAGCACAGCAGGAGGCAGAUUACCGAGGGAUUACAAAUGCUCAGACACACCAACGUGCGCCCACGCAUGCACUCACUAUCGAUGUCCAGUGCAUGGUGGGAAUCGGAUCCCCCUAUACUGUGAACGGGCCUUUGCGUCUGAACUGUCUGGUUGAACGACUGAUUGACUGACUGGCCGAAAUCCUCAUUGGUCUUCGAGGAGGAGGGGAGCCCACAGCCAGCUGUUAGUGAUUGAAGUGUAUUUAACUCAAUAAUACCCAUCACCACCAACACCCCCACCGCCACUAGGCUGAAUGAGCACGGAGGUUUUGAAACUUAACUGAGAGAAGGAGACAGAGACUGUGAGAGUUCAAAGAGAGCGAGAGAUCAAAAGGAAAGCCUUGGAUCAAGAAAAAAGUAGAACCACUGUCUGUGGUACCACGGCACGUUUACACGUGUAUCCGUGGGAUCCCGGCGCGCGAGAGGUCUGUUGUUGCCAUGGAGACCGCUGGCCUGUGCCCCGGUAAGGAGCCACUAUCGUCUCUGUGGUGUUAUUACAACUUUUAGUGUAGGCGCCUGCUAUCUGCUGUGUCAGGUAGUUUAAGAAAUCCAAAGCACCAGUGUAUAACUAGCCUGAACACGGAGGCGUUGGUACAGCAUCAAGAAAAACAAUGUUACCCUUGAGACACGGGACCAACUACCUGAACCCACACCGUGGGACUUUUAUUGUUAAAGGUCCACCCGCAGCACCAUUGACGGAACCAAAUGUUUGAUUUCUGCCCUACUGGUUUUAUUUAUUUUGAUCCGUUCUGAUCAUCCUGAGCAGCGAGAUACGCUUUUCAUCGAGGUUCACUCGAGAGGAUGUUGACAAUGUAAUCCCAGGAAAUCCCAGUGUUUUACUGACUUUAUGGAAUUAAAACAGGGUUAAGCUGGGAGGACACACAUGGCCUACUAAAACAUGGCAGUCGGGGAAUGAGUGCAGCAGAACCAAUAGAUGUAGAUAAGAAUUUCUCUCUUGCCUCCGGAGCACGGUUAAAAGUUAGCUGUAUCCGGCUUUACUAAAAGCACUUUUUAUUGUAAAACUGUAUUUCCUGUGGAAAGCUCCUCUCUGAUGUCCCCCCUGGGACCUUACCCUGGGGAGAGAAGGACCUCGGUACAAUGCGCGACGGCAACACCAAGUCUGCUCCGUUCUUUUAUAUGAUCACAUUGAACCUGAAGUCGAGCAGCAGAUCGCCCAACCCACCCGGCCCCCUGAGUGCCUACCAUGGCACGAUGUCACGACACCCCGCGCCUCCCUCACGGCUUUGACCUCGGGGGCCACUUUGUUGACCUUCGACCCCUGGGCGCCGGCGCCACGGGCCUGGUGCUGUCGGCGGUGGACCAGCGGACUGGUCAGCGGGUGGCGGUGAAGAAGCUGGUGAUGCGCGACCCGGUGUCGGUGAAGCACGCCCUGCGCGAGGUCAAGAUAACGCGGCGGCUGCGCCACGAGAACGUGGUGUGCGUCUACGAGGUGCUAGCCCCGUACGGCGUGCCGCUGCCCCGGGACCCCGCCCAUCUUGGCGCCCUCUACAUCGUGCAGGAGUGCAUGGAGACGGAUCUGGCCCGUCUGCUCGAACAAGCGCCGCUACCCACUGGUCACGCUACUCUGCUGUUCUACCAGCUGCUCCGGGGACUGAAGUUCAUCCACUCAGCCAACGUUCUGCACAGGGACCUGAAGCCCGCCAACAUCUUCAUCAAUACGGACCAACUGCUGCUGAAGAUAGGGGACUUUGGCCUGGCCAGGAUAGUCGACCCACAUUACUCUCAUAAGGGCUACCUCUCUGAAGGCCUGGUAACUAAAUGGUACCGCUCUCCUCGACUGCUGCUCUCGCCCAACAACUACACCAAGGCCAUCGACAUGUGGGCUGCCGGCUGCAUACUGGCCGAGAUGCUCACUGGUCGCAUGCUUUUUGCAGGAGCCCAUGAGUUGGAACAGAUGCAGCUGAUCCUGGACACAGUGCCCGUUCUGAGGGAGCAGGACCGACUGGACCUCCUGCAGGUGAUGCCUUCCUAUGUCAGCCGUGGAUGGAGGGUCCGGAGGACCUUCGCUCAGCUGCUGCCUAAAGUAGAGGCUGAAGCCGUUGACUUCCUGGAGCGUAUCCUGACCUUCAACCCCGCCGACCGGCUGACGGCGGCGGCGGCGUUGUCCCACGCCUUCCUGAAGCAGUACUCGUGCGCCGAGGACGAGCCCACGACCAAGCAGCCCUUCCGCAUCGAGGACGAGCUGGAGGACAGCCUGGUGGCAGAGCACAGCCACAGCGCCAGCAGCACCAGCCAGGCCGACAGCCUCCCCUGGGACAGGUUCGAGAGCAGCCUGUCCACUGAGCUGUGCCUGCGGCAGGUGGGGGAGGGGUGUCGAUGUGCGCCCCCUGGGGGACGCCUCUCCUCCCACCUGGGGGACACCAUGGAGGAGGAGGAGGUCCAGCGAGACCCGCGCGCCGGUUCCACCUCCCUGGUGGAAGAGGCCCAGGUUGACCCACGCAAACACUCCCACAGCAGCUCUGCGGAGCGCUUCCUGGAGCACUCCCACUCGUCUCUGGACCGGGCUGUGGGUGGCGGCUCCAGCUACGGGGAGCUGGACUGCGACCGCUCCUGCGACUACAAGGUGGGCUCCCCGUCCUACCUGGACAAGAUCGCCUGGAGGGAGGGCAAGCCCCAGCACUACUCUGAGCCCAAGCUCAUCCUGGACCUGUCCCAUUGGAAACGCAACACCCUCGCUAACACCAAGCACACUGCUAACGCUAAAGCCCUGUCCGCCCCAGCCGAGCCAGUCGCAGGCGGCAUGGAGGAGAAGGAGGAAGAGCUAGAGGGGGGCCUGGCCGAGGGAGAGGAGGAGACAGGAGACUUGUUCAAGGAGAUCUCCCGCUGGGUGGAGACCACCAAUUCCGGUCUCCACUCCCCGAGUCUGAGCCCGCCUCCGGGCCAGCUCUCGCCGUCCUGUUACACCUUCUCUCCCCCUCUCCCUCUCUCCCCGACCGACGUCACCACCUCUCUCUUCCACCGGCGCACAGCGCUCGGCGCGCAGCUGUUAGCCGACUGCGACGGGACCGUUACCCACUGCGGCAUGCUAAGCCCUCUUCCUCCUGCGGUGUCUUCCUCAAUCUUUCUCCCGUCGCUUUUACCUUCCUCUCCCUCCUCUCCUUUCCCGCCGACGUCCCCAGAGCCUGCCGUCUCCUGGCCCACCUCACCUGCUCCUCAUCCUUCUACUCCCUCUGCUGCUGUGCGGGAGCCUGCCUCUGGUGUUUCCUUCCCUUCUCCCUCUUCUCCUUUGCCACCCACUUUGCCUCCUCCUCCUCCUCCUUCUUCUCCUCCCUCUGCUGCUGUGCAGGAGCCUGCCUCCGGUGUUUCCCCCUCCUGUGCCUCCUCUUUUCCCCUCCUCUACGAGGUCCAUAGCACGGCUGUAGUGGAGGAGGAAGAAGAGGUGCUGCCCGCCAAGCAGGAGGCGAGGCUGUUUGACCUGGACGUCUUCAUCUCCCGGGCACUGAAACUGUGCGGGCAGAGCGAGGACAAAGCGGAGGGGAAGAGUGCGAGAGAGGGCAGGGGGACAGGAAAGGAGGGUAAGCAGGUGAGCGUUAACCAAAGGGUCUCCAACUCUUGAUGCAGACGGGUCGGUUGCAUUUGGACAUUCUGAGUUCUGCAUUUAAACAUUAUGCGACACAAUAACAACGAGUGAAUUAAAGCGCUGACGAUGUUUUUCAACGCCAGGGGUUUACUACAUGCCGAGUGUAGCAAACCCUCUCUUACAAGUUUAGUUUCUUUUUUUCUUUUUUUUACUCGAUGGUUGAGGGUUUUAUGGUAAGAUCAUCCUCAAACCAGCUUUUUGCUAGGUACUCUCUGGUUCCUCACUGAAAUAUCUCCUCAAAAUGUAAUCACUGAAAGGUUGUUAGUAUGGCACUGUUUAUGUUACUUGAAAGUCAAACAACGCCUGCUUUUUUGCAGGAACUGGCCUGAUGCAUGGUGCAUAGUAAUGACUUAAGAGUUAACAUGUUGUCAAAAACACAUCCUCUUGGUUUAAUGAUAAAUCCUGUGACAGUAAAAUAGUCUUCCAGCCAUGAAAUUGUGUAUGUAAAGGAGCCAUUAAGCAUAGAGGAUCUGAUUAUACUGACAACAUAAUCAGUUAAUUUAGUUCAAACUCAUGAAGUUCGCACCAAUGAUGUCAUUAUUUUGAUCAGAAUGCUCCCACAGUGCUCUCAAAUUGCAAUAUGUUGUGUACAUUUGUAUCAUAUCAAAUUCAUUAUCAUCUUAUUUAAUGCUCUGAUGUCUAACUAUGGUGUUAUAUGUCCACUACUGAGUUCACUUUUGUUUUUGAUUUGCAACUGUGAAUUGUUGUGUUAAGUAAGACAUUUUCUUUUUAGCAGCAACAUUUUAAAAGACGUAACCCCAUGGUAACCUGUCUUAACAAUGACCCACAGAUAUGCCAUUACCUGCUGUACUCUUGGGACAUAUUGAAUUAGAUCACUUUGUUAUUGGGCAAAACAGCGCAUUACAGUAAGCCACUAACAUCUAUGAUCAAAAUGGUACAUUCAUCUCACAUCCUCUGGACAUAUAGACACUUAUAGAAAAUAUAUUGUCAAACAAAUGUGAAGUUGUCCGUUGAAAGUCAUACAUCCUCUCAUCAUUUGUUCUUUCAGACUUUAAGGAACUAUUCCCACAUGAUUGAUAAUGUUCUGAUAUGUAACAGCAUACAUACAUUUUAAUGUAUUAUUAUUAGCAACAGGGUUGACCAUUAUUUUGAACAAGACUCCUCUGAGUAAGAGGUGAAUCUAUUGGAGGCAGCAAACCUUUUCUGCUUCUGGGCAAGCCUUAAGCCACAAAUAAGGCAUUUAUUAAUUCAACAGAAUUUGACCAGUAUUGUUUAUUAUUUGCUCACGUCUGUUGACAAUAUUUCUUCAUCUGUGACUCAACUUUGUCAUUAUUACUUCUGUACAUACAGGAUCGUAGACUGAAACACUGCCAACACAGAAACAUUGCCUGAAAAUGGAAUCACAAUACAUUGUUCAAUUCAUCACAUGUGACUUCUCAAAAUGUGUAAUGGCUAUGUGUAAUCAGUGCUACACCUAAUCUAUACAAAAAGCUAACAACUAAAAAAAACACCACAGAUGAAAUGCAGUUGCCUUAUAAGCUAGCAAAAACUGCAAUGUAUGUAUGUACAAUAAUAACUGGACUUUUAUUUGACAGUAGAUCAUCGAUCUAUAUCCUCGAUUAUAAAACGCUAGCACGUCAACAUAGUAUUUUCCUCUGUUGCUGCCCUCAACAAAUGUAUUGAGAUCUGAGACAAUCCUUCAGGCUGAGCGUCGUGUUAAUGCCUACAGUUUAUUAUCUUGUAGCUAAUAAACAGACACACAAAGGAUUGUAUCACCCUUUAGGAGUUACACAGCUGCUGAAGGGAACUCAGAGUUGUGUUGGCAAAUAGCAUCAUGAGCUAAAAAGCACAUUUUUAGUUCCUAGCACAUCCAGGGAUACAGUUUUCCACAAACACAAUUAAAUAGGCCUACAUAUUUGUUAGUGAAAGAGGUUUGCACCAAUUACAAUAAUUAUCUUGAACUUGGUACAAACUGUUUUUUUAGCAGUCAUUCAACUGAAUAAAAACUGCCAAAAAUACAAAUGUGUUAAUUUAUGAUUAACAAAACAGCAACAUGGCUUUGUUUUGCUUUAGUUGCAUGUGAAAGGAAUUGAAAAGGAGGUCUAGCAAUCAAAAUUGAAUGUAACAGUUGAUAUUUGUCUAGUCAUAUCAAUUUAAUCAACAAGUUACACGCACACACCUAGCAAUAAUUUAAUUGAGACAGUACGCAGAUGUCAACACACACAGUUGGUUAACGACUUUCUUAUUUUAAGUGUGUAAAGCUAUGUGGACAUUGUGCCUCAGUAUACCCCAAUACUUCCAGCUUGCUGAAUGUUUAACAUGUCCUCGCUGCAUGGCUUUAUAACUAUUACAAUGGUGGUUCAGUCUUCAGUCCGACCUGUGUGGGUUGCUCUUCCGGAAAGGCUUUAGGUAGACCUCAGCUUUUAUGAGAAACCACAUGAGAGCUUUUUAAUGCUCAUUAUUGACUUUUUGUAGGCUUUGUUUUUGCUGACAAAUAUAUAAUAAAAUUGAUAAAACACAA